CGAAUCUGCCUUCCCCAGUCGGACCGCGAGCCGGUCCGCCCCGAAGGCGAAGCCACCUCUCCUCUUUCCUUGCUCUCCACCGUCCGCGUCUCUCCCCGGCCGGGCCACCUAUAAAUAGCGCCUCCGCUCCCCAAGGCCUCCUCCCACACAUCCCGCACCCGAGGAAAGAGGAAGCACGAGCAGCAUAUGUCACAGAGGGCCAGCGUCCCACACUCCUCCUGCAUAGCCUUCGCCCUCCAUUCCCAUCUCCUGGUUUCCAGUGAGAUGUGCCCCAGCUCCUACUGGGAAUAGCCUCGCCUCGCCUGAAUCCAGGCCCUCCCCCUCCUCCUCCGAUUUUUUUCCCCUUUAAUUUGAGAUUUUCUUCUUCUUCUUCUUCUUCGAGUUUUUCGUUUUUCUAGAUCUUUGGGGGUCUCGAUUCCGUCCCGUCGGAGAGGUACUAGGACAAAGGGGGGAUUUUUGAUUUUUUUAGAGGAAGGAGAUGGGGAUGAAGGGAUUUGUUGAGGGCGGCAUCGCGUCCAUCGUGGCCGGCUGCUCCACCCACCCACUGGACCUUAUCAAGGUCCGGAUGCAGCUGCAAGGGGAGUCGGCGGCGGCGGCUGCCGUGCCGCAGGCUGCCGCGCUGCGCCCGGCCCUCGCGUUCCAAGCCGGCGGCGCGCACACGGUGUCUCUCCCGCACGUGCACGACGUCGCGCCGCCGCCGGUCAGGAAGCCCGGGCCGAUUGCCAUCGGCACGCAGAUCCUGCGCGCUGAGGGCGCCGCGGGGCUCUUCUCGGGGGUGUCGGCCACCGUGCUGCGCCAGACGCUCUACUCCACCACGCGGAUGGGGCUCUACGACAUCCUCAAGAAGCGGUGGAGCCAGGAGAACGGCGGGGUCCUGCCGCUGCACCGCAAGAUCGCCGCGGGGCUCAUCGCGGGCGGCAUCGGCGCCGCGGUCGGCAACCCUGCCGACCUGGCCAUGGUGCGGAUGCAGGCCGACGGGCGUCUCCCCCUCGCCGAGCGCCGCAACUACCGCAGCGUGGGCGACGCCAUCGGCAGGAUGGCGCGCGACGAAGGCGUGCGCAGCCUGUGGCGCGGGUCGGCGCUCACGGUGAACCGCGCCAUGAUCGUCACGGCGUCUCAGCUGGCCACGUACGACCAGGCCAAGGAGGCCAUCCUGGCGCGCCGGGGCCCGGCAGCCGACGGGCUCGCCACGCACGUGGCCGCCAGCUUCGCGGCGGGGAUCGUGGCGGCGGCCGCGUCCAACCCGGUCGAUGUGGUGAAGACGAGGGUGAUGAACAUGAAGGUGGCGCCCGGCGCGCCGCCGCCGUACGCGGGCGCCAUGGACUGCGCGCUCAAGACGGUGCGGUCCGAGGGCGUCAUGGCGCUGUACAAGGGGUUCAUCCCCACCGUGUCUCGCCAGGGCCCCUUCACCGUCGUGCUCUUCGUCACGCUCGAGCAGGUGCGCAAGGUCUUCAAGGACGUUGAGUUCUGAGAACAGGCCACCACGAUGAUGACGAAAAGAAGCUUAUUUGCUGCUGCUAUGAAUAAAUUUGUUACUGCUGGAGCCUCCUCCUCGUAGCUUGGAUGGAGAUUAUACCUUGCCUGUUGCGUCCCCUCGUCAGACUUGUUUCCUCUGUUCUUGCAUCCCCAUUGUAUUUGGAUGGAUUUGAUAUCGAAUCUCAAUGAAAUUCUAGUUUUAAAA